AACAAACGACGCGCUUAUCUUGUUAUUGUGUUGGGCAAAUAAAAGGGCCAGUGAUCGGUACCCUAUUAGGUUCUCGCCUUCUCUGUCACCACACUUCCUCUCGUGACAUUAUUGACAGCCGCUCUCCGCCGUUUCCUCUCUACACUUCCGAUGGCGCCGAAGAAGGAUAAGGCUCCCCCUCCAUCGUCCAAGCCAGCAAAAUCUGGUGGUGGAAAGCAGAAAAAGAAGAAGUGGAGCAAGGGAAAGCAAAAGGAGAAGGUAAACAAUAUGGUGUUGUUCGACAAGGCGACAUACGACAAGCUGCUCUCUGAGGCUCCCAAAUACAAGCUUAUCACCCCUUCUGUACUCUCCGAUCGUCUCAGGAUUAGUGGAUCACUUGCAAGGAAGGCAAUCAGAGAAUUGAUGGCUAGAGGUUUGAUCAGAAUGGUGUCGGCCCAUUCAAGCCAACAGAUAUAUACUAGGGCAACCAACACUUAAUGGUUUCAUUUUCUUGCUUAGAGAGCUUGAUGAAUUUUGUUGCUUAGACUUGCGUUGUGUUUCCUUAAGCUCAAGUUUAUAUGUGCAAGAUAUUAGGACACAUCCGGCUAGUUAACUACAUAUUUACCAUUAAAUUGUUGAGCUUUAUCCCUUUUGCAUGUUGAUUGGUGAUUUAUUCAACUUUCUUGGCAGUUUUCUUCC